CCCUCUGCAUCAUUUAGAUCGGAGUGUCUCGGAAGUUUCUUUUGAUGCGAGAUUUUCUUUUAUAGUUAAUUAAGGAUAAAUAUUUAGAAGAUAAAAAAUCCGUUAAAUAGAAAUUAUUACAUAUAAAUAAUUUUUAAAGGUUAAUAUAAGCGUUAUAUUUAAUUUUUUUAAAGGUUUAUUUUAUAAAUAAUUAAGGCUUUAUAUUACCGAAAUGGGAGUCGAAAUCCAGACGAUCCAACCUGGCGAUGGACAAACUUUUCCAAAGGCUGGACAAACAGUAGUGGUACAUUAUACUGGAACAUUAGAAGAUGGCCAAAAAUUUGAUUCCUCAAGAGAUCGUGGAAAACCAUUUAAAUUCAGAAUAGGAAGAGGAGAAGUGAUUAAAGGAUGGGAUCUUGGAGUGGCUCAAAUGAGUGUUGGGCAAAGAGCAAAAUUGGUGUGUUCUCCAGAUUUUGCUUAUGGCUCUGUUGGACAUCCUGGAAUAAUUCCUCCAAAUGCCAAAUUGACAUUCGACGUCGAAUUAAUAAAGCUGGAGUAAAUAACUUCUGCACCACACUUAUCGAAAUGAUACUUCUACAAUGCUAAGACACGAAGUUGGCAGCAUUGUUACCUUAUUGAUCUCUCAAAUCUGCUUCAGUUCCUGUUAUGGUUGUCUGUCAUCUUGCAAGAAGCUUUUGUUUUAGUCAUUCAUAACUAUAUAAAAUAUGUAAAAAAAUAUUCUAUAAAAUAUGCAGAAUUGUUAA